AGCGGUUCCGGGGCAGGCGGCGCCGGCCGGCGAUGAGCUCGGAGCGGGGGAACGUGUCGCGCACGCGGCCCCAGCGCCACCAGAACGCGCGCGCCUUCAAGAACGACAAGUACGACACCAGCACCCGGCGAAAGAAAAUAAAUGCUAAGCUUCAUGAUGGAGUGUGUCAGCAUUGCAAAGGUAUCUUGGAGUGGCGAGUAAAAUUCAGAAAGUACAAACUACUGACAAAACCUAAAAAAUGUGUGAAGUGCCUCCAGAAGACUGUAAAAGAUCCUUAUCAUAUCAUUUGUCGACCAUGUGCUGGUAAACUAAAAAUCUGUGCUAAGUGUGGGAAACAAGAAGAAAUAGUAAUUCCGAUUGAUAAAGGACAAGACAGAACUGAGAGUGAGACUUCUAAAAAUGGCCAAGAGACCAGUAAAUUGAAGGAUGAGCUGGAUUUUGAUACAAAAUUCAGUAGUGCAGACAGUGAUGAAGAUUCUGAUGUGCUUGAAGAACGAUUAAAAAGGUUAUUUUGUAUCAUCUUCCAACAGACACAGCUCUGUGGAAGUUCCUUGCCAUCAUGAGAGCUGAUACAGCCUCUGACUGUCAGCAACAAGAUAUUACUCCAGGUUAUUCCCAGGAGAAGGAACAGAAUCGAUGCCAGAACCGUAAAACAAACUGCUCUGCUUUGUGGGUCCUCCUUGAGGUUGUACUGCACGGGCUUCAUCAGACCCAGGGGAAGCUGGUAGAUCAGCUUCUCAGAAACAACAACCCCAUAGCACCCCCACUACCAAAACCCUGCCAUGAAAACCCAACACAAAGUGGUAAUGCUUAUGAGAUGUGUGUGAAAUGAAAUAAAGCCAUGGGUCUUGGGAGAAAAGAUGAAAAGGCCCUACAAUGUGUUUUAUAGUACUGGAGAAAGGUGGAAUAAUCCCAAACCUUCUGUAUCCAAGGGAAAACAAGCCCCAUGAAACCAGACAAUUUCUAUUAUUUUAAGCAACAGCAGAUUUACUAUUGCCUACAUGACAAAGAUUUUUUAAAUCUCUCUGAAAAUAGCUAAUAUCUCAUUCUCCAAAGAAAAUAACUCUUCAGUUGCAGCUUAGUCUUUCUGCCAAUAAGUUAGUGAUGGAACCUUCCAGAAUGGUAAUUCUUGUACUUGCAUUAAUUAGAGAAAAGUCAUAAUACAAUCUUUAUGUUAUAAAACUUAUGCUUUAAAAAGAUCACAAGAAAUUUGUCUAGAGAAUGUCUAGAAAGACUAAAAAGCUAUUGCCAUAAUCUACCCAUUUUAGGAAAUUGUUACCUUAAGAUUUAAGCCAUCACAAAACUGCAGUGACCAGAACCUCUGAGCUAUGAUUUUUACUGUGUUUCAGCAGGAAGUUUUCCUCAAUUUCCAGUUUUUGUACUAUUAACUGCUAUAGUUACUCUGUAACUAUAUGAGUUGCAUUUGGUUAUUAGUAGUUCUGAAACUAUGACUUCUCCUUUCAAGAAAGAAUUGCAUUUUGGGUCACCACAUCUAACUAGUUGCUUCUUUCUUAUCCUCAUGAUUCCACCUAAGGUCUUCAGGACCAAUUGCAGGUAGAGGCUGCUGUAUUACUUCAAAAAAAUCACAUCAGACACACUCCCCCCCCCAAAAAAAACCCCAAAAAACCAAAAAACAAUACCUGAAAUGAAACAAAAUGAAACCCAAAACAAACAACAAACAAACAAAACCAAAACCAAAACAAACCCAAAAACAAGCAAACAAAACAAUAACAUCUCCCCAUCUCCUGCUGUAGCACUUCCCCAGGACACUCAGAAUGAAUCCUGUUGUGCAUUCUUUUCCCUUGCCACUUUGUGCCAUUAAUGAGAACAGUGUGUGGUUCUAGAGGAAUGGUAAUGCAUAUGGUUUAGUCUUUAAAUGGAGAAAAGGGCCUCUGUCAAAUAUCUGAUGGUGUCAAGCAGGGCUGUCCAGCCAAGUUUGUCCAAAAUGCCAUUUAGUGGCAGAGGGUGGGGGGAAGGUGGGAAGAAGGGGAAGAGGGUGUGGCAGAAAACAACUUGUGAGUAUGGAAGUGCAGAAGUUCACACAGCCUGCACCUGCCUCUCUUCAUCUCUGUAGUGUUCAGCUGCCACUGUAAUGCGCAUGGAAAUUAUUCCAUAUAAUAAACCUAGAGCUUUAUCAUAA